AUGGCUCAGCAAGCUACACCGUGCUCGGACAGAGCGAAGGCAGCAGGCAGCAGCCUGCCUUGGAUCACGGUGCUGGGCUCGCUCAACAUGGAUCUGGUGUCGUACGUGUCACACCAUCCGCAGCCGGGCGAGACGAUGAUGUCGUCGGCCUUCGCCACAUCACCGGGCGGCAAGGGAGCAAAUCAGGCGGUAGCCUGUGCGAAGCUGUCGCGGCGGCGGAAUGCCGCGAACACGGCGGAGUGGAACGACACGGCAUCAAUGGCGACGGCGCACGUGGCGAUGGUGGGCGCAGUAGGCGACGACGCCAACGGGGCGACGCUGCGGGCGAACCUGGCACGACACGGCGUCGACGUGCAGGGCGUACAGACGGUGGCGGGUCAGACGACGGGCGUGGCCGUGAUCGUGGUGGAUGAGCCGACGGGUCAGAACCGCAUCAUCCUGUCACCGGGGGCCAACUAUGCGAUUCCAUGGCGGGCCGACCUGAUUCUGCCGCAGCAAACGCAGCUGCUGAUUCUUCAGCUGGAGAUCCCGCUCGAGCAGGUCGAGCAGGCGCUCACAGCCGCCCGGACGGCCGACAUCCCGGUGCUCUUCAACCCGGCGCCGGCGCCGGCUACGGAAGAGACGCGGGCCAAGCUGGAGGCGGCCUUCAGCACGCUCGACGACAAGGAACGACCGACUGGUCGGGCUGGGCUCGCCCACCUCGUGCUCAACGAGACCGAGACGGCUGCGCUGGCCGUCGGCUGCACCGUGUCGGACCUCGACACGACCGACGGCCUCGCGCGCGCGGCACGCUACUUUCUCGACCGUGGCGUCGAGAACGUCGUGAUGACGCUCGGCGGCCGCGGCGUCUACUACGCCUCACGCACGGCCGGCGGACCCGGAGAGCUGCUGCCGCCCGAGCCCGUGGCACAUGUGGUCGACACCACCGGUGCCGGCGACACGUUUGCCGGGCAGUACGCGCUGGAGGUGGUGCAUGCGGCAGCAGAAGGAAAGCCGUUUGACUGCGCCGCAGCCGUGCGGCGGUCCAACAAGGCGGCAGCAAAGACGGUGCAGCGGAGAGGCGCCCAGGAUUCGAUCCCGUGGCGGGACGAGGUCGAAUGA